ACUUCGCCUUCCGAGUGAUAUUUACUUCGGAAUAAUUCGUUCUAUUUUUUGUGGGCGUGAUCGGGAUAAGCCCUUCGAUACCGCGUCUAAUCACCCGUUUUUCGAAGUCGAUCGCGCCAGAUUUAUUUAUUGAUACGAACACUCCUUUCGAAUACCCAAGUCAAUGAUGGAUACUCCCAUCAAAAUGGAACAACCAGGUUCUGCGGCCCCAACUGCCGCGGCUCUGACCCAUUCUACACCAGAGGCCAUUUCAACGCCAGGUGGAUCGAUCGACACGAAGAAUAGCCAGUCCCCUUCGCCUUCUGCGCCGUCGAACGGACAGUCCAACGCCAACUCGAGACGACCACCGCGCAAGAGCACUCUAACGCAACAACAGAAAAACCAAAAGCGACAACGUGCGACUCAAGAUCAAUUGACUACGUUGGAGAUGGAAUUCAACAAGAACCCUACCCCGACUGCGAAUGUCCGGGAGAGAAUUGCGGAGGAAAUUAACAUGACCGAAAGGUCUGUUCAAAUCUGGUUCCAGAACCGACGCGCCAAGAUCAAGCUCCUAGCGAAGAAGAGUCUGGAGACUGGAGAGGAUAUUGACUCGAUCCCCGAGUCGAUGCGAGCGUACUUGGCUAUGCAGGCCAUGGAAUCCGGAAAGGGUUUGGGUGGUCCAUACAUGGGACGCACCGGUCUUUUGCCUUAUGGAUCGAUGAUGUUGGGCGGCGAGCAAGGUGGACAAGGGAAAGUCCUCAUCCACCAUUUGACGUGUCGGUCUUUGAGCAUUGGAAAGUGGACACGCGUUGGUCAGAACACGAUGGAUCUGAUCAUCUUCUAUUCCCCUGAGAAAUGUACCAUGACUUAUUACAUCAACAACGAUCAGGCGGGAUACAAGAUCGAGUAUAACUUCAACGCGAUUAAGAACAUCUAUCUCGAGAACCCAGAGGGCGAUGCCACAAAGUUAGGCGGAAUUGUCAUCGAGUUAAACCGACCUCCGAACUUUUUUAUGGAUUCUUCGCCCAACUCCAAUGGCUUUUUCCAGUGUGGUGAUUUUACCGAGGAUCAGCAGGCUACUCAUUGUCUUGUUCACCAUCUUGGUGGAAACCCUAAGGUUCUUAGUGGACAGCUGGCCAAACUUGCCUCUCUAGAAUCAUUCACCAACCGACACAACCCGAACGCCUUCGACAUGAAUCAUGCCUUGUCGGUGUCUGCUUCAGCUCCCGUAUCCCCAACAAACCGCCCUUCUUCGCAACCAAACUUUGGUCAGCCUCAUGUUGGCAUGUAUCAAGAAUCGCAAUGGGGAAUUAACCCUAUGCAUGCUGGUAUGCGUGGUCCAGGCCACAAGCGACAGCGCAGCAGAUCAGUGCCUACAGCUGUCGAUUUCUCCAUGUUCCAAAACCCGAUGCCCUCGUUUUAUAUCCAGCACCCGGGUGAAAACCAAGCUCAGCCGCACAGCCCUAAUAUCUACGCCCCCGUUCCCCAACAGCCCAAUGGGCUUAAUAAUGUUGGACCUAAUCUGCGUAUUGAUACUCAGGCUUCGUACAACAUGGAUCUGAGACCCUACCCUCUCUCUGCUGCUACCACCGCUCCUUCAGAAUAUUCGAGCCCGAAUUACUUCUCACAAGCACCUGAGAACACACCAUUACCAGCUUCGAGCUUUAAUACUCCUUACAGUGGCGCUUUCCUGUCCCCGCUACCUCAGAUUCCUCAGUCUGUUUCCCCUCUGUCUUACACUAGCCAUGGUGACCCUGCUAUUGUCGAACAGUCACCGCCUCUUUCCAUGCUGCAACGACCAGCUUCCGCUGACAUGUAUGCUAUGGGCGAGUCUGCUAUUUCAGAUGACGGACACAGCUUGAACGAGAUGUACUCAAAGCACACUAUCAACCUUCCUAUGCACCCUCACUCUCCAGGCUUUGUGGAGCACAACCAGGCCGAUUUGGACAUGAGUCAACUUGUCCAGUUCGACACGGUUGAUCCAUCUAGCCUAUCUCCAGAGAGUAUGCCGCAUCCUCAAUGAUUUUGAUAACUUG